GUUACUACUUGUGCCUGCAUAGACAAUCCGGGUAGUAUUCUCACAGAUAUCUAAGUGAAUAGUUUACUGUUUUCUCCCAUAAAAUUUUAAAACAAUCAGAAAAAAUGACAAACAACUUGGAAAGUAUUACUGAAGUCAAAGAUUCAAAUAAUAACGCCGAAAUAAAGGAUAAACCUUCAUGGCUAAGGGAUGAACUAUUUGAAGAAAUCCUCAAGAAGGAUUUUCCCAAAAUUGCAAAAAUUACUAAAUUUUGUGUUAAACCUGCCGUAGCAACGGGGGAAAAUUAUAUGACUGUGCUACUAAGGGUAACACUAAAUGUGGAAAUGUGUAACAAUACUUCGAAAACUACAUCCUAUAUGGUGAAAGUUGAACCUUCCUCGGAAAAAUUCCGAAUCAUGAUAAAAGAAUGGCAAGUAUUUAUCAAAGAAAGGCGCACCUAUGGAAAAUUGAUACCGAAAUUUGAGGAAUACUAUCAACUAAAAGGAGAAAAUGUAAAAUUUGCACCUAGCAUGCUAGAACCCCUUGGGACACAUAUCAAGGAGGAUCAUCUCAUUUUGGAAGAUUUACGCCUGAAAGGAUUUAAGAAUUUUAACCGGCAUUUGGGCUUAGAUGUUAUUCACACACAGGCUGUAUUGAAGAAGUUGGCCCAAUUUCAUGCUGCCUCUGCUCUGUAUGUGGAUGUGGAAGGUCCAUUUCCUUCGUUAUAUGAUCAGUGUCUAACAGCUGCUAAAGAUGUUUUUGGAGGACAUCGCAGAAGGAUUGGUAAAAUUUUUAGAGAUAAUCUACGUUUGUAUGGUGAUUUGCAGCACCUAGAGGAGAAAUUGAGACAUUAUGCUGAAAAUCAAUUCGAUCCUUUUCAGCUUAGAUCCGAAAAGAAUCCUUAUGAGUUCAAUGUCUUGAAUCAUGGUGAUUUGUGGGUAAACAAUAUCAUGUUUCAAUACAACGAUGAUGGCUCGCUGAAAGAGACAUAUUUCAUUGACUAUCAAAUGGGUCGAUAUGGAUCACCGGCACAGGAUUUAUUGUAUUUCAUUCUUUCUUCGACUAGUUUGGAUAUUAAAAUUCGACAGUUUGACAACUUCAUCUCAUAUUACCACCAGCAUUUAGUAGAAAACCUGGAACUUCUUAACUAUCAGGGUAAGGUACCCAAAUUGAGAGAUAUACACCGGGCCCUAUUCAAAUAUGACUACUGGGCUUAUACCACAAUAAGCGUGUUGUCCCCCAUAGUACUCUGUGAAUCACGUGACGAUGCUAAUGUAGAUUCAUUGGUAAAUGAAAAUGGAGACGAGUUUCGUCAAGCAAUGUACAGUAAUCCAGAGUAUGCAAAGUACAUGAGCGCAGUGAUACCUUGGUUGAAUAAUCGUGGGGCAUUCGAUUUAUAAUUUUUUAUGUCGUGUGUUAUUUAUGUGUUGAAAUAUUUGUAAAAUAAACUGGAGGAGUUGGAGACGUUCCAGCCAGAUUUUA